CAUCAUUGGUGUCAGUGGGGGGUUGGAAUAGUGACCCAUCAUUGGUGUCAGUGGGGGGGGGGAAUAGUGCCCCAUCAUUGGUGUCAGUGUGGGGGGAGGAAUAGUGCCCCAUCAUUGGUGUCAGUGGGGGGUUGGAAUAGUGACCCAUCAUUGAUGUCAGUGGGGGGAGGAAUAGUGCCCCAUCAUUGGUGUCAGUGGUGGGGGGGGGAAUAGUGCCCCAUCAUUGGUGUCAGUGUGGGGAGAAGGGAUAGUGCCCCAUCAUUGGUGUCAGUGGGGGGGGAAUAGUGUCCCAU